AUGGCCGCCGAGCCGGACCCCGAACGAACGGCCCAGCCCGAGCGGGCAAGGGAAGACGAGGAAGACGAGGGAGAGAAGAGCAAAGAGGAGGAAGCACAAGCAGAGGCAGCCAGGCCGGGCCCCCGCGCCCUCCGCCUGCACCAGGUGUACGCGGCCUCGUUGGCGCGCACGCUCGACAGCCUCUCGUACGAAAACAUGGCGCCCUGCUACCCGACGAUCGCGCGGCGCGCGUCCCCCGUCCUGCGCCGGCUGCAGGCCCAGAUGGUCGAGCGGCUGCGCGAAAAGUGCGAGCGCGAGUUCGGCGCCAUCCUCGGCGCGAGGGACGUGGUGCGCCGGGUGAACGAGCUGGAGGCGCUGGCCGCCGACGCCGAGGCGCGGCGGGGACCGCACGGCGCCGCCGCGCCCCCCACGCCGCCGCACCUGCUGCCGCCGGGCGAGGUGCUGGCGGCGCACCUGGCGCCCCGGCUCGCCGAGCAGAGGGGCCUGCUGAACGCGAGGCUGCAGACGACGCAGGCGCAGAACGCGCUGCUGGCGGACCACGUGAGGGCGCAGAGGGGCGAGAUCGACGCCCUGCUGGAGAGGCUCGCCCCCGCCGUGGACGAUGUGCGCUCUGCCAACGGCGUCUUGGGCCCUCUCGUCGGCGACCUGGCUGCCGAGGCCAGGGCCGUCGAUGCCGAGACGGGCACGGGCACGGGCACGGGCGGCGCCUCUGGUUGA